UAUUUAGGCCCUGGUAAAAAUAAGUUGUACGUGGAAUGUCUUAGUUGAUUAAAAAAAGCUACCAAUCACGAACAAUCAUUUAAAAGCAAUAAAAUAAUGUGUAUAGCGUUGAUAGUCGUACAAAACUUAAAACGUUCAUUAUCAGUAGUCUCAUCCAAGUGAUUUUUGUUCCUCCUUUUAUAUUUAAUAUUCCCUAAUAAAGUGAGUUAAAAGGUACGAAGUGAGUACAUUUUGCAAUACUAUUUGCACAUAUCACUAGUUUGAACUUUGAGUCAGUUUUGGUUAUCAUAAUGAUAAAGUAUGUAUAAAUAUGUGUAACAGUUUACUUAGCGUUGCCAUAGCGGUAGUGUUACUAUCUAUUUCAUUAUCGUACUAUUUUACAAAAAUGAAUUCAAAUACAGAUCUAAUGGCUUCAAAUGCUCUAUUAUUUGUCUCAAACACUGCAAAAACUCUGAAACUAUGUUUGAAAUCAUCAAGACUUGUAAGCAAUAUACUUUACAUCAAAUAUAUUGGGGUGGAUAAUAAUUUAUCAGUAAUCAACAAACAAAUUAUUGAUAUAUAUUCAAAGACUGCCACACAGAAUGCAAACAUAGAUAUAAGAUUGAUAUUAAAACCUUUGGAGGGCUUAAAAAAACUCCAAAUAAAUCAUCCUAUUGAUAUGAUAUUGACUGAUAGUAGAAUAGAAAAUGAAAAUCUUAAAGAACUUGUGUCAAAUAUAAGACCUGGAUGCCAACUGCAAACUAUUGGGACUGAAAAUGAAAUUGAAAGUAUUAAAGGUGAGCCAGUGAAGACUUAUGAAUAUGUAGCUCUUGGCGGGACAUUUGAUCGACUUCACCAUGGCCAUAAGAUACUUCUAUCACAGGCUGCCUUGAGAGCAACAAAACAUGUAACAGUUGGUGUCACGGAUAUUAAUAUGAUUCAAUCAAAGAUAUUAUGGGAACUAAUACAACCAGUUGAACUAAGAAUCAAAGCUGUAAAAGAUUUCCUCACUGAUAUAAAUCCAGAUUUGGAAUACAAUGUGCUUGCUAUACAGGACUUGUAUGGACCAACAAAAGAUGAUCCUAGAUUUGAAAUGAUUGUACUUAGUGAAGAAACAUACAGAGGUGGUGUUAAAAUUAAUGAGAAGAGAAAAGAGAAUGGACUUAAAGAGCUUGACAUGCAUGUGAUUGAAUUGGCACAUGAUGACCAGCAUUCUUCAGAGGAAGACUCCAAGUUAAGUUCUAGCAAUCAAAGAAUGCGCCUUUUGGGAACAAUGCUGAAACCUCCAAAGCCUAAUCCAAAUAUCCCACUUACUCCGUAUGUGAUUGGUUUGGCAGGAGGUAUUGCAAGUGGAAAAAGUAAUAUUACAGAAAAGCUUAAGUCAAAAGGUGCCGCCAUUGUCAAUUGUGAUUUAAUAGCACAUGAGUUAUAUAAGCCAGGAUUGCCACUAAAUAGAACCCUUGCCGAAACUUUCGGUAAUGAUAUUAUAACAGCGGCAGGCGAGAUAGAUAGGAAGAAGUUGGGCGAAAUUGUUUUUAGCGAUACGAAAAAGCUAAACCAAUUGAACCAAACAGUUUGGCCGUUUAUUAUUGAGGAGGCUCAAAACAGAAUCAAAUUACUAGGAGAGCAGGGAUAUAAAGUAGUUGUUAUGGAAGCUGCUGUUAUGAUACAAGCGAAAUGGUUUCAGUACUGCCAUCAACUAUGGGCCGUUAUUGUACCACCGAAAGAGGCAAUUCGUAGACUUCAAGAAAGGAAUAAUUUGUCCGAGGAGGAGGCGAAGAAACGGGUUGAAGCACAACCAACAAACUAUGAACAGGUGUCCGAAGCAAAUGUUGUGUUCAGUCCGAACUGGAGUUAUGAAUUCACUCAGCAACAGAUCGAUAAAGCGUGGGACGCAUUGCAGAAAUAUCUGUGAUGUUUGAUAUUUUGAUUCCCAUUUACUGGGCGUAAUUUUUAUAUUUUUACUAUAGUUGGGUCUUGCGAUUAUGAUUUAGAUUAUUUUAAUGUAUAUGCCUACCUAUAGGCAAAUGUUGCAGCAUAUUUUUUUUUUGUAUAACUGCAGCCAUUUUGGCAAAUUGCAGGUCAAAUCAAUCGCAGGUUGAAAAUGUUUUUACGAUAGGACCAUAUCACCAAUAUUAUAUUAGAUUGCCGUUAUUAAAAUAAUUGGGAAUGGAUGACGCCAAUUUGUGUUAAGUUAGCUAAUGCCAAAGAUAGAUAAGAACAGAUAAGAAAUAUCAGAAAGUUCGAAAUCUUUUAAACUCAUUCAACUAAAUUAUGUAACAACUAAUUCUUAUUAUUUUGAUAUAUUUUGUAAAUAUAACUUUUAAUUGCGCCAUCUAUACUUAGAAUAAGCUAACUUGAAACAUUUGUAUCUACGUUGUUUCCAAUUUUUGUAAUAAACCAAGAUUCUUUCGAGCGAUGUUGAAUUAAGCCAAUUUUUCUUUAUGGAGAGUUACUGAGAAAGGCACUGGUGCAUAAGUAUGGUUAGAAAAUUGGCGCCACAAAAAGCGCCUCUGGCAGUUACAUACAGGCCUAUUUACUAUGAUAGCGUAGAUGCACUAUCCAGUGAUAAUUUUUUUACAAUUUCCAUACACAAGAUGACCUCAACUUUGGGAUCGCACACAACAGAAAGAUAAGAUAAGAUAAAGGUCGAAAUCAGUAGGUGUUAAAGGAGUACAGUGUAGGACCCUUUUCGAUGUAAUAGGUUGCGUCUUGUUAUAGUUUAAAAAUACAAGGGAUAAUGAACUAUUUCUACAAAGACGAAUAGGCAAUUGUGAUUUGUGGGCAUCAUUACUGAUUUAUUAGUGGUUAUUGAAUUAUUUUACGUUUUUGUAUAUUUUGCUGAUUAUUAAGGUAAGUUUACAUUUAUAGACAUUCAGGGUGCCACAGACAAAAUGUAAUAUAUUAUUCUCUAGUGCAUUACGUAUUUUUCUGGUGACCGCUCAAACGUCAAUAUUCGCGGGAAGAAUUUGUCAAAAAUUUGUCAAACCGAAAGAUCGUGUUAUGUGUCAAUGAUCGAAAACGAAACGCCGCAUCGUUUGACCUCCAUUUUCUUUCCCGCCAUGUUUGACACGGUACUUGUCAGUGAUGCUGUGUUUGGAUGGACAGACAAUACGUAUUAUAUUAAAUAAUUUUCUGUAAGGGUAAAUAUUUAUUAUAUAAUUUGUCUUAGAAUAUACGAAAUCAAUUGUUUUGUUUUAAUAAAAUAUAUUUUAUUUAUUACA